CCACAAUGGACGAGAGAGAGAGAGAGAAAGAGCGCGCGCGCGUGUGUGUGUGUGGGGAAAUUUCACAAGUGACGCGACCUCGCACCUCUCCAGAACGGACACUUACUAGAACUCUGCUUACACCGCGCGCGCGAGCAAUUUUGAUUAUAACCGGAGGACCGGACACUGUCUGCUUUAAAAAAAACUGUGAACGGUGUCUGCUGUGAAAACAAUCUCGCGGAGGAAACAAACAAAACAAACCGAAAAUUAAACUGAUUUUCAAGAACAGGAACUUUUUAUCACCCAGAAAAUGUUGGAGAUCUUUUUAGUGAUGCUGUGUGGACUGACGAGCCGAGUAGUGACCAAAGAUGCAGACAAUAAAGGAAGGUUCAGCUCUCCAGUACUGAAUGUAACUGAACGACAGAUCAUCCUGGAGAAGAACCAGAUGCUGCAGCUGAACUGCAGGGGGCGAUGGGAGCUGGAGUGGGUGUACCCCACGGGUGUGAGCAAGAGCCACCCAAGUGCUCAUGUAGAAGAGACUCGUUGUGGCAAGCGGAAAAACCUGUACUGCAGCAGCCUUAUCCUCAGCCCUGCUUUAGCCCAGCAUACAGGCUCCUACCGCUGCCGCUAUUCCCACAAGCAGCACAAACACACCUCUGUCUACAUCUUCAUCACAGAUAGCCGGCAGCCCUUUGUAAAGGUGCAGAAAGAGAUCCCAGACGUGGUCUACAUGAAGGAAGGACAAGACUUAGUGUUCCCCUGCAGGGUCACUAACCCUGAAACAAAAGUCUCAUUGAUCAAAUUUCCUGACCGAAAAAUUGGCACCGAUCAGAGGAACAUCAUUUGGAAUAACAGAAAGGGCUUUGUUAUCCGAAGCCCCACGUACUUCUACAUUGGCCUUUUUUCCUGCGAAACCAUCAUCAAUGGAACAAAAUACACCAACAAGUUCUUGACUUACAGACCAGUGAAUAAGAUCCAAAAGGUAUAUCUGAACAGCACUGGCUUGGAACAGGCUCUGCAAGGCGAGCGGCUGGCCUUAAACUGUACCGUUAUAGCGGAGUUUAACUCGAGAGUGAACAUCAACUGGAGUUACCCUGGAAAGGCCAAUAGUACGGUCUCAAUCAUUCGGCGUAUAACACAGAGCAGGACCAACGUGGUGUUCUACAGCAUCCUCACUGUCCAUAAACUGCACAAGGCUGAUAAAGGAAUGUACACGUGCCAUGUAACAAGUGGACCAGCAAAGCGGGAAGUCAACACCUCAGUUAUAGUUUAUGAUAAGCCCUUCAUCAAGUUAAAGCAUAGAGAUGGUCCACUGGUACAGGUGAAUGCAGGGCAGAAAUCCUUUCGCCUGUCCCCCAAAUUACGGGCUUUCCCUGAACCUGAAGUCAUCUGGUGGAAAGAUGGGAAGGUGGCGGCUGAGCAGUGUUCACGUUACCACGUAGAAGGCAAUUCCCUGGUGAUUCGAGACGUUGCAGAGGAGGAUGCAGGGGACUAUACCAUCCUCACUCGAAUCCAACAGUUUGGCCUUCAUCAGAACCUCACACUCUCACUUGUUGUGAACGUUAAGCCUCAGAUUGCAGAGAAAGCUGUGGCAGUGCGGGACACAGCAACCAUGCCACGGUCCAGCAGGCAAGUCUUCCGCUGCACCGUUCACGGCAUCCCGCCACCUCAAAUCCAAUGGCUCUGGCAUCGCUGCCCUACUAAAGGCUUAUGCGAGGAGCUGGUUUCCUCGUCCUGGACUGCAGUGAGAGAGGGGGCAGCGGUCACGUCCACCUACAAUCCCGUACUGAGCGUCACACACGUACAGGAAGCGUUGCAGGGAAAGAAUAAGACCAUUGGUAUUUUAACAGUUGGCAAGGCAUUAAUAUCUGGCGUCUAUCGCUGUGUGGCUUCCAACUCAGUGGGUACAGAUGAACUGGACAUCCGCUUCUAUGUUACAGACGUCCAGGGAGGCUUCAGCGUCUCUGGGGAGUCCGAGGAAGGGCCAAGAGAGGGCAGAGACUAUCACCUGUCCUGUGUAGCCAAUAAACACCUGUAUUCCAACAUGUCAUGGCACAGAGUGACAGGCAGCUCAGCAGGUAUGGUGGAGGGUCCACCUCUGGUUGGAGAGCUGACGGAGGGAGAAUACUCACUCACUCUGCGCUUGACGUUGACGAACCUGACAGCGCAAGACUCUGGGACGUACCGCUGCUCUGCCACACACCUGGUCACGAUGCAGGACUCCCAUCAGGAUAUACUCAUGACAGUUGCAGUUCUGGAGGCUCCAGUGUUGCUGCAGAACCUCAGCGAUUGCAGUGUGAACAUCAGCAACUCGGUGACUCUUCAGUGCCCCGCCAGUGGAGUGCCACGACCUCUCGUCACGUGGUACAAGGACCGGAGGAAGCUCAAGCAGGUGUCUGGCAUCAUGCUGGAGCCAGAAGAUGGCACUCUCCACAUUGACCGCAUCGCUGUUGAGGACGAGGGCUUGUAUACAUGUCAGGCCACCAACGAGAGAGGAUCUGUGGAGAGCUCGGCUUACGUUUCAGUCGAAAAUUCUGAGUCUUUCUCUCUGGAGAUCCCCACAUUAGCCUGCACUUGUGUGGUGGCCACUCUCUUCUGGCUGCUCCUAACGCUGCUCAUUCGCAAGCUCAGACAGCCAAAUUCAGCAAAUGGCAAGACAGAAUACCUGCCAAUCAUCCUGCACCAGGGGGAGGGGCCUCUAGAUGAACACUGCGAUAGGCUACAGUAUGAUGCCGAAAAGUGGGAGUUCCCACAGGAGCGUCUUCAGCUGGAAAAGCCACUGGGACGAGGGGCAUUUGGCAAAGUGAUGCAGGCGUCCGCCUUUGGCAUCGGCAACUCAACCGGCUGCACCACCGUGGCUGUCAAAAUGCUCAAAGAGGGAGCCACGCCAAGCGAGCACAAAGCACUAAUGACAGAGCUGAAAAUCCUCAACCAUAUCGGACAUCACCUCAACGUAGUUAAUCUCCUUGGUGCCUGCACCAGACCAGGAGGGCCUCUUAUGGUCAUAGUGGAAUACUGCAAGUAUGGAAACUUGUCCUCAUACCUAAGGAGCAAGAGGGACGUGUUCAUGCUGAACAGGGUGAAUGGAGAAGAGGAAAGGGGACAGCAAGAUGAGUGUAAGAGCUGUGUGGAGAGCCAGAGCAGUCAGAAAGUCAGCUCUGAGAUAGAGGGUGAGAGAAGAGAGGAAAAUGAGGAAGACAAUGGUUCUGUCUCGUGCUCGAACACUCCUCUACACUUAGAGGACCUGAUUUCCUACAGCUUCCAGGUGGCCAGAGGCAUGGAGUUCCUUGCCUCACGCAAGUGUAUACACCGAGACCUUGCUGCCCGAAACAUCCUGCUAUCUGACAACAACGUGGUGAAAAUCUGUGACUUUGGGCUGGCCCGAGACCUUUACAAAGAUCCUGAUUAUGUGCGCAAAGGAGAUGCUCGCUUACCGCUGAAAUGGAUGUCUCCGGAAUCGAUCUUCGACAAGGUCUUCACCACUCAGAGUGAUGUGUGGUCUUACGGUGUUCUGCUCUGGGAAAUCUUCUCACUUGGGGCGUCCCCGUAUCCAGGACUCAACAUUGAUGAGGAGUUUUGCCACAGACUGAAACAAGGAACUCGAAUGCGUGCCCCAGAAUACAGCACCCCUGAAAUCUACAACACUAUGCUGGUGUGCUGGGAGAGAAACCCGUCAGACAGACCCGCCUUCACUGAGCUGGUUGGAACGCUAGGAGACCUUCUCCAGGCUCGUGUGCAACAGGAUGGGAAGGAUUACAUCCCCUUGAACACGUUUUUGUCAGGAGAGAGUGGUGCAGAGUAUCUGGAUUACAGAGACACACAGCAAGGAAACCCGAGCUACAUCAAUACCAGAAUCGAUACUGUCUCCACGUUUGAAGAGGACCUGAACAGAGAAGUCCCAGAAGAUUCCCAGUCUGACAGUGGCAUGGUUCUCCCAUCUGAAGAGUUCAUCCAGCUGAAAUGGACUGACAAGUUCAAAACUAAAAACAUAACCAGGUUCUUCUUGAAAAGCCAGCACCAGGAGAGAAUGUUAGCCAGUUCAGCACUCCGCUGUGUGAGCGGCGUCCCCUGUGGCUGCGGAGAGAACGACGACACUGCCGUCCCCUGUGGUGCACCUCCUCCUGACUACAACACUGCUUUGCUCUACCCUUCUCUUUAACACACACACACUCCUAAAUAUAUGACUGGGCAUUCAAUUAGUGAGUUUAUAGACACGUUUAUAACUGGGGUUUUUUAACAGGAUGAAACAUUCUGAACUGAACAUCCUGAAAGAACACAUUGUUCGUAAUACUUCACUGUUGAAUGCUUUUGCACAAAUCAUUUAAAAAAUAAAUAAAUAAUGCAGCUCUUGGACUCAUUUGCUUUAAACAAUUUAAUGAUUAUCCUCAUAUCUGCUUUUAGCCAAAAUCUGCAUUAUUUAUUAUUAUUAUUAUUAUUUAGUAAACAUAUCUAGGUAAUUAGUUUUUUAUUAUUCUUAUUUAAACAGGCCUAUGAAAUGGCUCUUCUGUAAGUAAGAAUAGAUAGAAUGAUGUUUUUUUUUAAAAUGGAUAAUUAUGAAUUGUUAAACAUUUGCAGAAAGGCUGGACAGAAAACUAGCGACCUUAAUUAAUUGCGCUUAAAUCCAAGUGUUUUAAUGCUCGUUUUAUCUCAAAAUUGUCCCAGAUAUCAAAUAUUUAAAAUACAUAUUACUUAAAGUACAUAAUACGUCACAUUAGUUGGUUAACGUUAGUUCGGUAACCAGGUGAAAUUAAAUGAAGCUAAUUUCCAAACUGAAUGUUUGGUGACGUUUCAAAAUACAAACAUUUGAAAUGUAAAAAAAUACAUAUUUUUAAAUAUCGCUAGCGUCUCUGACGCUGUCCAAGGCACGCAACAAACCGGGAUGUCUGCAUGCACCUUUCCCUGCUUUUUCUAUGCAUGUGGAAAUCCAUACAUGAAAUUAAACACCGUUUUCGGACACCGACAAGUUUGUGCUUGGCGAAACCUGAGCAUUUAAUAUUUUGAGGAAAUUUUGUGUAAGCCAGAGUGACUCACGUGCUCUAUUAAGUUCUCCUCUAAGCAGAAGUAGUUACAUCAUUCAUGGGGUUUUUUGUGUUAACCAAUCAAUUGAGCAGUAACUUUUUAAAAACUAAUUUUUUUUUUUAGUAAACCAUUAUAAAUUCAACAUUUUGCUUUUCACAUUUUUUAAUAUUCAGAGAGCUUAUAAGAUGAUGCUAGAUAGAAGACUCCUUGUACGCAUGCACUUGAGCCUGUACUAAAUACAGAUGUUCUGACCAGUGACGGGCCAUGCAGCUGUGCAGCAGUUCCUCAAGCUUUAAACUGAUGCUUCUAUGAGCAAGGGCGUCUCUUUUACUAAGCCACUAAAUCGUUUGUCACAUCCCUUCCUCAUGUACAUACGUAGUAGGAUAUGUGAUUUCAGGAAAGGAAGCUAGGAAAAGUAACAAGGAAGUGUGAUUUGAAGAAAUGAGAAGUCGAGAGGAAGUUGAAGGGGAAAGAAGUGCACCUCGCAGGCAGCAGAGGGCUUGGAAUAUGACAAACUACUCCUAUAAAGGAAGCUUUCCAAAGAGACUGUCAUUACUCGCGAUUAAUUCUUAUAUUCACUGAGCAGCUAAAACCAUUUAUCUACUGUAAUAAAGUGCACUGCCUACAGAUUUUGUAGGGAAGACGCAUCACGUUAAACUGUAGAGCAUCACAAUUUUCACAAAUCUGUGUUGCCUAAACUAAUGCUGGACAUCUACAACAGGUUUAUUUAUUUACACUAAGUGCCUUAGCUAUGCGAUUAGUACAGUAUGUAUUUAUGCAGAUGCUUUUUUUUUUUUUUUUUAAAGAUACUGUGCCUUCAAUGUACAGUGCCUUACAUAAGUAUUCACCCCACUUUUCCAAACCGGUCCUAUUUUAUAAAUAAAUAAACAAACAUUCAAUUUGUCAUUGAAGAAGAAUUUUGUUGUUCGGAUGUGACCAUAUGCCAUUAAAAGUCACGUGGCGUGACCAGAGGUUAACGUCGAUCUCGGUGUAAUUAAAGUGUCAUGUGCUCUCAAUAUAAAGGUUUCUCGAAAGCCCUAGAGUGUGUUCGAGAACAUUCCUAAAACAGUUUCACAAAGACCAAGGAGCAGGAAAAAAGCCCAAGUGUAACUCAACAUGCUACCACCACCAUGCUUCACCAUUCUCUGGUCUCGGAGUGAUGAGCAGGUGUUGGGUUUAUAUAAUUCAAAGUUUCCAAAAAAAAAAAAAAAAAAAAAAAAAAAGUGGAAAAGUUCAAGGGGAGUGAAUACGUAUACAAGACACUAUGCAUCUAAUAUAAAAUAUAUACACACACACACACACACACACACACACACACACACUAGGUAUAGGCUCCUAGAAAAGAAUACAUUUAGUCAUUAUGUAUAUUUGUAUAAGCAUAGUACCAUUUUAAGCAUUAAGUGUGAAGAAUGUUAACGCCACUGUGUAAAGUACUGACGGUUUAAUCGUUAGAAAUAUAGAAUCUGUACUGCAAGCAUAACGGACUGCAACAAGAUGAAAUAACUGCUAUUAAAAUCAACAUUAUAAGCAUUGCAUGGGGAGGAAAAAAAAAAAAAAAAAACACACUGGAGAACUUUGUAAAGUUUUAUAUUCUUUAUUAAAAUACUGUUGUACACACAAAUAUUGCAAAAUGUGAGACAAUGAAACACAAGUAGGGCAUUAAAAGUACUAAGAUAUUGUGUUUGUGUGGUGUGUUAGCACAUUUUUACUGGAGUGUGAUCCUUGGGGUAUAGGGUCAUGGUAUUCAUGAUGAUAUGACAUGAUAUGAGAAUUAGCUGUGUGUUGGCUGGAUACGAUGGAAGGACUCAAGUGUGUGAUUUUGGGAGAGAGGCUUGGCACCAGAUUCACUGCUGUUUUGACUAUCACGAAAACCCCACCCCCACAAAAGUACAAUUUGAAACACAGCAUCCUCACAUCAGCUCUGUAUAACAUGUUCCAUCCUGAGCCCUCCAUGUUCAGUGUGGCUCAGCCAGACCUGCUCACGUCGCGCCUUUUCCACUGUAGCUCGACUCACGAUUGGAAAGGGUUACCAAUGACGGGUCAAAACACAUUCAAUCAUUGGCUUAAUUCGGGUCGAGUCGUCCUGAGAGAAUGCCAAAACCGCUCCAAGUGCAAAAACAACCACCUCUACACCCCCAGGCCCCCAAACCCUUAUCCUCAACCCCCAAAACACUCCGCCCCCCUCUGUUACCUGCUGUUUUGCUGAUGGACGCUCCAUUUUCUCAGCAUCUUGCCAUCACAUGAUCGUCAGGUGAGAAUUGGGUAUUAAAAAUAAGCCAAAAUUCAAACAUCCCCCAAACUAACCCCACCGUUUCCACCAUCCUUCCCAGACGUUUUACUGGUAUUAAUCAGACUGAGAGCUCAAAAAUCCCAUCAUGCAUCACUGCACAAGAGCUGGGUGUGAAAAAGAAAAGAACCAUCACAUAAGAGCUACCGAUUCAGUCCAAAUAACAACCACCAGCCUAUAGAUCAUGAUGGAAGGAUAUAAGGAAUGGGGUGAGGGAGGGGAAAAAAAAAAAAAAGAAAAAAAAAAAAAAGUGAGUGUCAAAAUGUGAGCGUAAUCUAAAAAGUUGUGCCACAAAAAGGGGGCAGAGGGAGAGGACAUUCCACAGAGGCAGAACUGGUUCCCUUCCUAAAUGUGGUCCAGUUCUUUGGUUCCUUUCCAGACCUAAAAGGCCUGAUUGAAAAAAAAGACAACAAACGAAACAAAAAAGAAAAAUUAAUUCUCACAAUUGUUGAUUCAUAUCACGUUGCAAAAAAGCAUCCAUGGAAAUAAUUUUUUUUUGUUUUUUUUAAAAAUGAAUGGAGGUUGCAUAAGUCUAAUAAAGUCUUAUACAGCAACAAGAGAAAGCACCCCUGUGUCAGUGCCACCAAAGUUACAUGGACAGAGUGAGAACCCAGGCAGUAAUGAAGCGACCUUCUCUUUGCAAUCACAUGUGACUUUGGAAAGUCUCACUUUCCCGGCUGGCGGGGGCUGGGGGGG